GAUAAAAACAAGUAGCUAGACCUUCUCUAAAUGCCCUGCAGCUAAAAAUACCAGAGAAUCUACAAGUAGCAUGGGCAGAAAUGCUGGUAUCUGGAAGCGAGUGAUAAGAGGGAAAUCACUCGAAAUCUAACAUCGGUGGCUCAUGUGUUUUGAUUUAGUUGCCACUGUGUCGUCUGAAAGAGUGAUUUUGACUGCGAUUUAGAGUCAUUGGAUAAGUGAGUGAAGAUGUAAGAAGGAGGAUCAUGGAGUCCGAGAAGGAUGGUGAAAAUCCAGAAGUUGAGAAAAUCUGCUUUCUUCGACGUUUCUUGGACAAAUAUCAAGUGCUCAUACUCUCAAUUCUGACACUUGUCUUUCUCAGUGGACCACAUCAUCUGUAUGGGAUUGUUAUGGACUGUGAAAAAUUCCAGAGUAUCUCUCCGCCAGUUUUCUUCAUUGCCAUCCAGAUGAUAAUGCAACCUUGCUUGGUGGAAUCGGAAGAUAACAUUGGUCAGAAUCAUUUGAGGAAAAUCCUAACGUGUGGAUCCUUAAUAUUCUCAAUUGGAGUAUUUUUGGCGGGAAUUGCCGAAUUGAUUUUUCAAGAGAAAAAUCUUUUAUUUUCUCUUCUCUAUGGAGCUCUUGGAGGAAUUGGGGCUUUCUUAACCACUACAAUUCUUCGAAGGAUUUUUGAAAAGCUUUUUGGGAAAAGAGAUAGUCAUUUAAUUGAUGUGAUUCUAGCAGGAUCUCAGGCAAUCAGUCAAUUGAGCUUCCCAGUUCUUUUAAGUCUUAUUCGAAUGGAAUAUGGAAGAGAAAUGACAGUAAUUAUUUUAGCAUCGAUUCUUAUGCAUACCCUUCCCUUGGUUCUGCUUAUCUCACAACCCCAUCUCAAUCAACCAGUACACAAUCUAGUGAGGUAUCACUCAGUCAAGCUCAAUGAUCUCGAAAUGCCUCCAAACAGCAUGAAAAGAUGGGGAAACAUAAGUGGAAUCAAUAAUAAUUUCGAAGAAGAAGAUCAACCUAUGAAGAAUAUGACGAGUCAGGGAGUGGAAAUCCUCGAUACAAUUCCCGAGGAAGAUGAAGGAGUCAGUGGGAAAUCUGUUGAGAUUCAAGAAAUCAAACCCAAAGAGUACCUAGAAGAUUUGCCAGGGAGAAAAUGGCUGUUUUUCCUCGAAUAUUGGCAAGAAUUUCUUAAAAUCUUUACACAAUUGUUCAUAAAUCCCUUUAGGUAUAUUGUGGAGAGACAAACGCUCGUGCCAGGAGUUAUCCUGAAGGCUUGUGAUGUUUUUAUCUACAUUUUAAUGGUAUCUGGCUUACCUUGUUACGCUUCCGGAUCCACUUUCAGCCUCAAUUUCUUCGACACUGGCAUCUUUCUCACACUUAUGGCCACACCAAUCCUAGUGGUCACAUUUUCCAGUGCUUGGAUGGAUGAUGUACUCCGAGAGGAGGCCAAAUACUGGCACAUUGCUGGAGAAAUCUGCAAGCUCAUAGGAUGCAUCGUAACAACAUGUGCCCAGACACUAUUCUUCCUGAGAAUGGGAGUAUUGUUCCUGGGAAUUGGUCAAGGAGUCUUCAGUGUGGUGCAAGACAGAGUUCUCAGGGAAAUCACCCACGAAAAUGACUGGCGAAAAACAAAAUGCCACACUUCCGCUGUCUGCGGCUACUUAGUACUUAUUUUCACAUUUUUCACCAAUAAUCUAUUGCAUUUCACUCUGAGGACAAUUUUUCUAACUUCAGCAGUUUUCUAUAGUGCCGCCAUAUUGAUUUUCACACUCACAAUCUAUUUUUGAUCAUUUUUCACGCACAUUAAUUAAAUGUUUCACAUAAAUUUUCCUAUUUUUAGUGAUAUAA